UCUAGAGCUGGCUCAUAUCACAUCUUCACCUAUUAAGUAUCUUUUUCUGCUGGUCGGUCCUCGAAAACUAUUAUUUUAUACCUUGAUAUUACAAUAUCGUCAAUAUCUGUGAGGAUGCCUCUAUCCGCGCAAAAACUGGCCGGUCCAGGCUACAUCAUCCUCAAUGUCCUCCGCAUUAUGAAUAUCAUAUCCCUCCUCUCCGUCAUCGCAGGAAGCAUGGUCAUGCUCGUGAAGACCAUUAUUGUGUCCAAGUUCUUCUUCUUCGACGCCGCCACAAACCUCAUCACAUCUCUUGUCAGCAUGUUCCUUAUUGUCUCCGAGCUAUCCCUCUUCGCUGGCUACUUCGCCCGCAACUGGCCUAUUUUAUCCCCAACACACGGCUUUGUCUCUCUCGGUCUGGCCAUGAUGAUCCUUGGCAUCAAUAUGCUUGGUAAUCUCAACAAAGAGGCCACCUCUCAAGCCUCCCUUGGCCUGGCAUUCUGGCGCAUCGUCAUCGCCUCCGGCAUUCUUGUCUUUGUCCUUGGCAUCUUCAACAUCAUCGCUUCCUUCGUCUUCCGCAACAAGAAUACGGGCAUAACGGCGAGGAACGUACGUGCCCAUGGCGCAAUUGCUACUCCGACGCCCGUCACGAAUCAGAAGCAAUUGAGCAUCAAUACCUCCCUACCCCCGCCAGUCACAAUGUCGCCAUCUCUGUAUUCGUCGUAUAAGGAACCCUCGAACCACGAUAACGACACAUCUUCCCGCUGGCCGCGCUCUCCACUCCGCGCUCUCACACCUAUCCGCAACACAUUCCGCCGUGCAAGAGACAGCAUCUUGCCCAGCUACUAUAGCAAAACCCCCGUCACAACUUCUCCUACACGUGGGCAACCGAAUCACUGGGCUGGUGCGAGACGAGAGAGUGUUGGUCCGCGCAUGCCGUUGAAUAUCUCUGGGCCUCUGAAUGUGGACACGCGGUUUGCCCAUCUGAUUAAGCCAGAUUUGGCCCAUCAUCCAGCGAGGAAGGAGGGAAAGGAGGGGGAUAUGGGCGAGGCUUUCUAGGGGAGGUUCUGACGUGGUGAGCUUCCAGCAUAUACUGAUUGGGCAGGAAGAGGGAGUGGUAUAGACGGGUUUCUUUUGUCGUAUACCAUGGACGGUGCCUGGCGUUGAC